AUAAAUAAAAAUAUAUAUCCUCUCCCGAUUAUUUUCUUUUCUUUUUUUUUUAUUUCGUUAUUAUUAGCUUGGAAUAUUUUAUAGGAUAUGGGAUUAGAAUCCUAGUCGUAUUUUUUUUUUUUAAAUAACAUUAACAAAGCAUUUUUCCUUGAUUUUGUUAGUGUAUUGUGGUAUCUACGUGGACAUUGACGAGAUUGAUGAAUGGUGAUUUUGCAAAUUGCAUAACAAAUCCUUUUUAUGUCGUUUUGACUUUCUCCUUUUAGCUUUGUGAUUCUCUCCUCAAAAACCAUUAUCUCCACGCCGCUAAGAUUCGUGAUCUGCCGCCCACGUCGAUUGGUUCCAGACGGAUAGGAACCAGUGAUCUAACAUCAUCCCAAUAAACGGUCAAAGAUCAUAACCCCAAUUUUGGCAAGGAUCAAAGCGGCACACCUCAUAGCGCUCACCCUCCAUUCUUCACUUUUUUUCCUUUUUUCCUCGGCAGAAUCGAAGUCUACGGUUAAAUUACAAAGAAAGGGGUUUAUUGUUUUGGUGUUUGCUAAUCUGGGUUUCUUCCAAAAUUCCAAAUUUGACAAAGAUUGAGCAUGAAUUGGCUUGGUAGUCACUCAACGAGCUAGGGUUUUGAAAUCUCUGAUUUUUUUUGUUGCUUGAUAAAAUUUGUGAAUCAAUGGAGGCUUAUAAGACAUGGGUUAGGAGGAACAAAGACUACGUGCACUCCUUGGAGUCACUUGCCAAUGGAUUAACGUGGCUUCUUCCUGAACGGUUUUCCACUUCAGAGAUCGGGCCAGAAGCAGUAACUACAAUUUUGGGCAUACUCACUGCUAUCAAUGAGCAUAUAAUCGACACUGCCCCGAACGAGAGGCAUACUGGCUCUGCUAACCCUUCAUCAUUCCCUUAUUGUUUGUGCAUAUCUGUACUAAAGGACUUGGAAACUUUGGUUGAAGUUGUUGCAGAGCAGUACCAUGGUGAUAAGAAAUGGAAUUUUAUUGCUGUUACAGAAGCUAUCAAGGUGAUAGUUAGAUUAGCUUUAUUCCGGAACAGUGGAUAUAAAAUGCUUCUGCAUGGAGGAGAUAUGCCAAAUGUUGAAAAAGAUUAUGAUGAUACAUGUACACAAGAUAGGAUUGGGGGUCUCCCAAAGCCUGGAGGCCAUCAUGGACCUGGUUGGUUACAAGACAAUCACGGGCAAAACCCAUGGAAUCUUGAAGGAAGGGCAUUGUCUGCUUUGAGCAGAUUUGGAGAGAGCGCUAGGCCUAGGAUGAUAUCUGACCCUGUAUGGAUGCAGAGAAUUCAACAACAGCAUGCAAUUAUGGAGCCUCCAACUUCAAUUAUUAAAAGACCUACUCUUUCCAUGAUUUUGUCAGAGAAGGGUCUUAAUGGAGCUCUAUUUGUUCUGGGGGAGGUCCUCUUUAUUACAAGGCCACUUAUUUAUGUUUUGUUCAUUAGAAGAUAUGGAAUUAGAUCAUGGAUUCCUUGGUUUCUUUCUCUAGCUGUGGACUUUAUUGGAAUAGGCUGUCUAUCACAUGUAACAAGAUCAGGGAAGCGUGGACGAGAGCAAUGGUUCCAUCUUUCUGCCUCUGAAAAGGAUGAGGUAAAAAGACGGAAACUUCUGUGGGCACUUUACCUCAUGAGAGAACCAUUCUUCUGCAAGUACACCAGGCAAAAACUUGAAAGCACUGAAAAGCUACUGGAGCCUGUUCCAUUAAUUGGGACUCUAGCAGCAAAAAUUGUUGAGCUUGUAAUUGGAGCUCAGACAAGGUACACAUACAUGUCGGGAUCGUAAGAGUGAUGCUGCAAGAAAUCAGGCAGUCGUUUUUUUUUUUUUUUUUUUUUCAAAUACAUGUUUUGGUUGCUGUUGUUUUUCUUUAACCAAGUUAUAGAUACAAGUAUCAAUACGUUCCAUCUGUAUCAAUCAUGCAUUACAAAUAUAGUUGUUGUUGCUUGGUCAUUUGCCAAACCAAAUUUCAACACUUUUGUGGAAUUUCUACAGUGUUUUGAAGGGAAAUAAUGUGAUCCGAACUUCUCAUCUCACAUUCAAAUGAGUUUAACUUUUUUUUCAUCGAAAGGGCGCAUAUGUAUUGGACCUUAAAUUCUUCCCGAGUUGUAAUUUUA